AUGUGGAAGUGGACCAUUGGGGACGGAAUUUUCGCUGAGGUUGCUACAUCUUGGAGCCCCAUUGGGCUUGCUCUUAUACAUCCAAAGGUUCACACAAGCUUAGGAGAGGUAGAGAGCUUCUCAAUGUAUUUGGGUAUUGCAGAUGUUUCAACAUUGCCACCUGGUGAAGCAGCACAAGCGUAA